AUGGCGUCCUACCUCGAAAAUGCAUACAGUCUGAUCCAUAUGGACAAUACGGCAGACAACCCGACACUGCAGGAAUUGAAACUGCAGCUGGAAAAGGGCAAUGAUGAGACUAAGUUGGAGACGAUGCGGACAAUUGUUACGAUCAUGCUGAACGGCGACCCUAUGCCCCAGCUGCUGAUGCACAUCAUUCGCUUCGUUAUGCCGUCCAAGAGCAAGUCAUUGAAGAAGUUGCUGUACUUCUACUAUGAGAUCUGCCCCAAGCACGACUCGAAUGGCAAGUUGAAGCAGGAGAUGAUCUUGGUUUGCAACGGCAUUCGUAACGACCUUCAGCACCCGAACGAAUAUAUCCGCGGUAAUACGCUCCGCUUCCUGUCCAAGCUACGUGAGCCCGAACUCAUUGAGCCCCUCCUUUCCUCGGCCCGUGGGUGUCUAGAACACCGCCACGCUUACGUCCGCAAGAAUGCCGUGUGGGCUGUCGCUUCUAUCUUCCAGCACUCUGAGUCCCUGAUCCCCGAUGCGCCUGAGCUUCUACAGACCUUCCUCGAAUCGGAGACCGACAACACGUGCAAGCGCAAUGCCUUCGCCGCUCUCAUGUCCAUCAGCCACCAGAAGGCACUUGAAUUCCUCCGCACGACUUUCGAUACCAUCCCCAACACCGACGAGCUCCUCCAGCUGGCGGAGCUGGAGUUCCUGCGGAAGGAUGCUGUGCAGAACCCCCAAAACAAGUCGCGGUACCUCAAGCUCAUGCUUGAACUGCUUGAUGCCCCUACCAGCACCGUCGUCUACGAGGCCGCCACCUCUCUUACUGCCCUCACUAGCAACCCUGUCGCCGUGAAAGCCGCCGCGGGCAAGUUGAUCGAGCUCGCAAUCCGGGAGGCGGACAACAACGUCAAGCUCAUUGUUUUGGACCGUGUCGACCAGUUGAGAAUUCGCAAUGAGGGUGUUUUGGAGGACCUGACCAUGGAGAUUCUGCGUGUUCUCACCAGCCCCGAUAUUGAUGUCCGGAGGAAGGCUCUUGGCAUUGCCUUGGAAAUGGUCUCCAGCAAGAACGUUGAGGAGAUCGUUAUGCUGCUCAAGAAGGAGCUUGCUAAGACAGUUGAUGAGCAAUAUGAGCAGAACAGCGAAUACCGUCAACUUCUGGUCCAGUCAAUACACUCUUGCGCCAUCAAGUUUUCCGAGAUCGCCGCCAGCGUUGUCGACCUUUUGAUGGAUUUCAUUGCCGACUUCAACAACAACUCUGCCGUGGAUGUGAUUUCAUUCGUCAAGGAAGUCGUUGAGAAGUUCCCCGACCUGCGCUCAUCGAUCGUUGACCGCUUGGUGUCCACCCUCAGCGAGGUCCGGGCCGGUAAGGUUUACCGCGGUGUUCUCUGGGUUGUCGGAGAGUACUCCUUGGAGGAGAAGGACAUUCGUGAGGCUUGGAAGAAGAUCCGCACCAGUCUUGGUGAGAUUCCUAUCUUGGCAUCCGAGCAACGGCUUCUCGACGAGACCCCCGAGGAGAAUGCGCUCCUCCUUCCGGAAAAUGUCAAUGGCCACGCCAAGUCUGCUCCCUCUGGAUCCCGCAAGGUUCUGGCCGAUGGCACCUACGCCACAGAGAGCGCUCUCACAAGCCAGUCUGCUGCCGCCGCUCGUCUUGAGGCAGUCAAGGCUGCGCAGAAGCCCCCGCUGCGUCAGCUCAUUUUGGAUGGCGACUACUACCUGGCAACCGUUCUCUCCUCUACUCUGACCAAGCUUGUCAUGCGCCACUCCGAGGUUUCCCAGGAUGUUGCUCGCACUAACGCCCUUCGCGCCGAGGCCAUGCUCAUUAUGAUCUCCAUCAUGCGUGUCGGCCAGUCGCACUUUGUUAAGGCUCCUAUUGAUGAGGACUCCGUUGAUCGAGUUAUGACCUGUGUACGCUCUCUGGCUGAGUUCUCGGAGAAGAAGGAUCUUGAGACCACUUUCCUCGAGGACACCCGCAAGGCUUUCCGCGCUAUGGUUCAAGUCGAAGAUAAGAAGCGGGCCGCGCAGGAAGCGGUUGAGAAGGCCAAGACUGCCGUGCAGAUUGACGACGCUAUUCCCAUCCGGCAAUUCACCAAGAAGAACACCGUGGAGGGAGCUGAGGAUAUCGAACUUGACCUGGUCAAGGCUACUGGUGGUGACUCUACCGUGGAGACCGGCUCUUCUAAGUUGAGCCGUGUAGUGCAGUUGACUGGCUUCUCUGACUCCGUCUACGCCGAGGCCUACGUCACAGUCCACCAGUUUGAUAUUGUCCUGGAUGUCCUUCUGGUCAACCAAACUGGCGAGACCCUUCAGAACCUUUCCGUGGAGUUCGCCACUCUUGGAGAUCUCAAGGUUGUUGAGCGACCCUCCACCCACAACCUCGGCCCGCGCGACUUCCUGAACGUCCAGGCCACUGUGAAGGUGUCAUCCACUGAUACCGGCGUCAUUUUCGGUAACAUCAUCUACGACGGCGCCAGUUCGACCGAGAGUCACGUGGUCAUUCUUAACGAUAUCCAUGCCGACAUCAUGGACUACAUCCAGCCCGCCCAUUGCACCGAGACCCAGUUCCGCACUAUGUGGACUGAGUUCGAGUGGGAGAACAAGGUCAACAUCAACUCUAAGGCUAAGACUCUGCGUGAAUUCCUCAAGCAGCUGAUGGAGAGCACGAACAUGGCCUGUUUGACCCCCGAGGCCUCGCUCAAGGGUGACUGCCGCUUCCUGAGCGCCAACCUCUACGCUCGGAGUGUAUUCGGCGAGGAUGCGCUGGCCAACCUGAGCAUUGAAAAGGAAGGUGACGACGGGCCGAUCACUGGCUUUGUCCGCAUUCGCAGUCGCUCGCAGGGCCUGGCUUUGAGCCUGGGUUCUUUGAAAGGUCUGAAGGCGGCGGCGGCAUGA